GGCAGCUUCCCGCCGCGCAGCUCGUCCCGGGCGCUGGGGCGCGGAAUGGCUGCCGCCGUCUAGCGCAGGCACCGCGCCGCCGCCGCCGCCGCCAUGGGUCGGGAGUCCAGGCACUACCGGAAGCGCUCAGCCUCGCGGGGCCGCUCGGGCAGCCGCUCUCGCAGCCGCUCGCCGUCCGACAAGAGAGGCAAGCGAGAGGACCGGCGCUCCAGGAGCAGGGAGCGCGACCGCCGGCGCGACAGGUCCCGCAGCAGGGACAAGAGGAGGUCUCGGUCCCGCGACAGGAAGCGCCAAAGGCGUUCCCGCAGCAGGGAGAGGGAGCGGAGCCGAGAGAGGAGGAGGUCCCGCAGCCGCGAGAGGAGGCGCUCCAGGAGCCGCAGCAGAGGCAGGAGGUCUCGCUCCUCCAGUCCCAGCAAGAACAGGAAAGCAGAAAACAGAUCAAGAUCUAAAGAAAAGACAGAUGGAGUGGAAGUUUCCAAAGAAAAGAAAAAGGACAAAGAUGACAAAGAAGAGGAGAAGGAGAAAGAUGCUCCCACGAAUACUGUGGCCACCGAGAAUUUUGAUCAGAACAAGCUAGAAGAAGAAAUGAGAAAACGGAAGGAAAGAGUGGAGAAAUGGAGGGAAGAGCAACGCAAGAAGGCCAUGGAAAACAUAGGAGAGCUGAAAAAAGAGAUUGAGGAGAUGAAACAAGGGAAAAAGUGGAGUUUAGAAGAUGAUGAUGAUGAUGAAGAGGAAACUGCAGAAGGAGAAAAGGAAGGCAAUGAGGUUGAGGAUGAAGAGCUAGAUCCUCUGGAUGCUUAUAUGGAAGAAGUGAAAGAAGAGGUGAAGAAGUUCAAUAUGAGGAGUGUGAAAGGUGGAGGUGGGAGUGAAAAGAAAACCGGACCAACUGUGACCAAAGUAGUGACUGUGGUGACGACCAAAAAGGCAGCUGUGGAGUCAGAAAAGAAGAAAGGGGAGCUCAUGGAGAAUGACCAAGAUGCAAUGGAGUAUUCCUCAGAAGAGGAAGAAGUUGAUCUUCAGACUGCCCUGACUGGCUAUCAGACCAAGCAGAGAAAGCUGCUGGAACCAGUGGAUCAUGGGAAGAUAGAGUAUGAGCCCUUCCGGAAAAACUUCUAUGUAGAAGUACCAGAACUGGCCAAAAUGACUCAGGAAGAGGUUAAUGUGUACAGGCUGGAGCUGGAGGGAAUUACAGUCAAGGGAAAAGGCUGCCCCAAACCCAUAAAAACCUGGGUCCAGUGUGGGAUUUCCAUGAAGAUUCUCACUGCCCUCAAAAAACAUGGCUAUGAGAAGCCCACCCCCAUUCAGACCCAGGCUAUCCCAGCCAUUAUGAACGGCCGUGACCUGAUUGGCAUUGCUAAGACAGGAAGUGGGAAAACCAUUGCGUUCCUGCUGCCCAUGUUCAGGCACAUCAUGGAUCAGAGAGCGCUGGAGGAAGGAGAAGGUCCCAUAGCCGUCAUUAUGACACCGACUCGCGAGCUGGCUCUGCAGAUCACCAAGGAGUGCAAGAAAUUCUCUAAGACACUUGGACUUCGAGUUGUCUGUGUCUAUGGAGGGACAGGAAUCAGUGAGCAGAUAGCUGAACUCAAAAGAGGAGCUGAGAUUAUUGUUUGCACGCCGGGGCGUAUGAUUGACAUGUUAGCAGCUAACAAUGGCCGGGUGACAAACCUCCGCAGGGUCACCUACGUCGUUCUGGACGAGGCAGACCGGAUGUUUGACAUGGGCUUUGAGCCUCAGGUGAUGCGCAUCGUGGACAACGUGCGGCCCGACCGCCAGACCGUCAUGUUCUCCGCCACCUUCCCCCGCGCCAUGGAGGCCCUGGCUCGCAGGAUCCUCAGCAAGCCCAUCGAGGUGCAGGUCGGGGGCAGGAGCGUCGUGUGCUCGGAUGUGGAGCAGCACGUGAUUGUCAUAGAAGAGGAGAACAAGUUUCUGAAGCUGCUGGAGCUGCUGGGGCACUACCAGGAGAAAGGAUCAGUGAUCAUAUUUGUGGACAAGCAAGAGCACGCUGAUGGGUUGUUGAAAGAUUUAAUGAGAGCCUCUUACCCCUGCUUGUCUCUUCAUGGGGGCAUUGAUCAGUAUGACAGGGACAGCAUCAUCAAUGACUUCAAGAAUGGCAUUUGCAAACUUCUGGUGGCCACAUCUGUAGCAGCCAGGGGCCUGGAUGUGAAGCAGUUGAUGCUGGUGGUCAACUACAGCUGUCCCAACCACUAUGAGGACUACGUGCACCGAGCAGGCCGGACAGGACGAGCAGGCAAUAAAGGCUAUGCCUACACAUUCAUCACCGAGGAUCAGGCACGCUACGCUGGGGAUAUCAUUAAGGCUUUGGAAUUGUCUGGGAACCCAAUUCCUCCUGAUUUGGAGAAGCUCUGGGCUGACUUCAAAGACCAGCAGAAGGCUGAAGGAAAGCUGAUCAAAAAAAGCAGUGGAUUCUCUGGGAAAGGUUUUAAAUUUGAUGAAACAGAACAGGCUUUGGCUAAUGAAAGAAAAAAGCUGCAGAAAGCAGCUCUUGGCUUGCAGGAUUCAGAUGAUGAAGACACAGCUGUUGAUAUUGAUGAGCAGAUCGAGAGCAUGUUCAACUCCAAGAAGAGAGUGAAGGACAUGGCGGCGCCGGGCACGUCCAACGCCCCCACGCCCUCCGCCGGCAACGCCGAGAAGCUGGAGAUCGCCAAGCGCCUGGCGCUGAGGAUCAACGCCCAGAAGAACCUCGGAGCAGAGGCACAAGUCUUGGUCCCCUUCCACUUCAAGGAUGUGAUGCAGCAGGCUACCAACGCUAUCCUGAGAGGAGGCACCAUCCAAGCUCCUACUGUGUCUGCCAAGACCAUUGCAGAGCAGCUGGCUGAAAAAAUCAAUGCUAAGCUCAAUUAUGUGCCCAUAGAGAAGCAGGAGGAAGAGAAGCAGGAUGGAGGACAAAAUGAAUCCUUUAAGAGAUACGAGGAAGAGCUGGAGAUCAAUGACUUCCCACAGACUGCCAGAUGGAAAGUUACCUCCAAAGAAGCACUGCAGAGGAUCAGUGAAUACUCUGAAGCUGCCAUUACAAUCAGAGGAACUUAUUUCCCUCCAGGCAAAGAACCCAAGGAAGGAGAACGGAAGAUUUACCUGGCUAUAGAAAGUGCCAAUGAACUGGCUGUACAGAAAGCAAAGGCAGAAAUCACACGGCUUAUAAAAGAGGAGCUGAUCAGACUGCAAAACUCUUACCAGCCCACCAACAAAGGCAGAUACAAAGUGCUCUGAGAGCGGAGUUGGCCGUCUGCAGUGGCCGGGGCGUGCCCCUGGGUGGCUCCUGCUGCCCGUGCUGUUUACACUGCUGCUUGGACAUUCGCCACUUUCUGCUUCCUCUCCUGGACACUUUUUAACUGAAAAUGUGCUGGAACAUCCCAAUCCUCUCCACUGGAGUGAUCAGUCUCAAAGCAGCCUGGGGUUGGUGGGGCAUGAUCUCGUUUCAAAGUGCAGUUGCUGUACUUUGCAGCCUCAAGAACACAAAAUAAAGGAGAUUUUACUUUUUCUGACAGCCUGUCCCAUGCAGUGAAUGAAAGCUCCCUGGGCUCUGGGGGGGAAGGUGCAGCUGCUCCACGCUGGGGG